AUGAUACUUUAUGGACUGCUAUAUUCGCUCACAGUUCCGGUUGGGGUAUUUGGUGUUUAUGCAGCACAUAAGAAUGAUCUAAAAUAUAUCAACUGGUUUUCAUGGUCAUUCUGGAUAUCUAUAGUUGCUCUUCUCGUUCUCCAAUUUGUCAAUUUCAUUCUCUCUGUCGUAUGGCGAAGAAGUACAGUGGUCGAAUGUACUCAUGAACUCAAUUAUCUGAUUGUGGGGAAUUCGAGUUCGACUUUUAUCCCACUAAAUCAGAGCUCUGUGAAUCCACAGGUUAUUUAUGAUGCAUGUAAACAGGCUUCUUCGCUGUAUAUAUGUUGGACUAUAACAGAGUUGGUUGUGCUGCAGUUUAUGCUGUUCGUCUACUUCGGACUCGUUGUUAAUGCAUAUGAACGGGAUUUACGAAAAGAAGAAAAAGUUAUUCCUGACGAUCAUGACACCGAUGGGAGGGACGUUGUAUGCAGUAAUAACAAAGAGAACAUUGAACAUGAAAAAGUGGGUAUUGAAGCAGUCGCUGAAGGAGGAUCAAUUCAAAAAUUCGCGGCGGAUGCGCCAGAUUCAUUGAUUCCAGAAAAGUCUAGUUUUGUUCACACCGACGAUCUCUAA